ACGCCGCGGAUCUUCCUCCUUCUCCUCCUCCUCCUCCUGCUCCUGCUCCUCGCGGGCGCUUCCGGCGCGGCGGCGGCGGCGAAGCCCCUCGGGAGCAGCGGGGGCCCGCGGGCCGGGGCAGGACAAUAGAUUUUCCAAGUUCUUCAAGUAUUCUUGCACAACGAGGAAAAAGAAGAGACAUUUCAGUGAAUGAGGAGUUUUUUGCUUCUAUAGUGUUUUCCUUGAGAAGUGGCUCUUUGAAUGAGGAUGACAAUGGAAGAGAUGAAGAAUGAAGCAGAGACCACUUCUAUGGUUUCCAUGCCUCUCUAUGCUGUUAUGUACCCUGUCUUUAAUGAGCUAGAAAGAGUAAAUCUGUCUGCAGCUCAAACGCUGAGAGCAGCUUUUAUUAAGGCUGAAAAAGAAAAUCCAGGUCUUACACAGGACAUCAUCAUGAAAAUUCUGGAGAAAAAAAGUGUGGAUGUGAAUUUCACAGAGUCUCUUCUGCGUAUGGCAGCUGAUGAUGUAGAAGAGUAUAUGAUUGAAAGACCUGAACCUGAAUUCCAAGAUCUUAAUGAAAAGGCACGAGCACUUAAACAGAUUCUUAGUAAGAUUCCAGAUGAGAUCAAUGACAGAGUGAGGUUUCUUCAGACAAUCAAGGACAUUGCAAGUGCAAUAAAGGAGCUUCUUGACACAGUAAAUAAUGUCUUCAAGAAAUACCAGUACCAGAACCGGCGGGCACUUGAGCACCAAAAGAAAGAGUUUGUAAAAUACUCCAAAAGUUUCAGUGAUACUCUGAAAACCUAUUUUAAAGAUGGAAAGGCAAUAAAUGUGUUCGUAAGUGCCAACCGACUAAUUCAUCAAACCAACUUGAUACUCCAGACCUUCAAAACUGUGGCCUGAAAACUGUAUAUGUUGAGAGUUGUACUUUUCAAUGGUGGAUAGGGUACCUUUAUAUGUAAAUUUUAAAGUUUUGACUGUAUAAAUUAUCAGCCCCCCCUCAAGGGGCCUAAUGCAGGAUUUUGAAUGGGAUUAUUGCCAUCUUACACCAUAUUUUUGUAAAACAUUGUAGCUUAAUCAUAAUCUCACAGGAAAGAUUUUGCAUCACUUUUUGCUAUUAUCAUUCUUUUCAGAAUUAUAAGCCAAAAGAAUUUACGCCUUAAUGUGUCAUUAUGUAACAUUCCUUACAAGAAUUGUAAAUAUUUGGUGUUCUGUUUCUGACAUUUUAACUUGAAAGCGGAAAACUGCAAGAUUAUGUAUUUAACAAUAUUGGUGGCAAAUAUUCAAUAAAUAGUUUACAUCUGUUA